GACGCCGCCAAGCGUGCUCUGCUUUCUGUUGGAGACUUGCUGGUGAAUUGUCCGUCUGGUCCUGCUGUUUUAGCCUGGUUCUGCCUGGUUCUGCCUGGUUCUGCCUGGUUCUGCUGGUUUCUCCUAGUUCUGCUGGUUGGUUGCGAGCAGACAUGGCUGUGACGGAGAUGUUCAGCUACAUCCAGGGCUUCCUGAGCGCCGACCAGGACGUCAGGGAGGAUAUCCGUAAGGUGGUCCAGAAUCUGGAGCAGACUGCCAGAGAAAUACUGACGGUUCUUCAAAGCGUCCACCAGCCGUCUGGAUUCAAAGAGAUUCCCAGUAAAUGUGCGAGGGCGCGGGAGUUGUUUGUCACUGUCAAGACGCAAAUCGGAGACCUCAAAACCAAAUUCCCCGCGGAGCAGUAUUACAGGUUCCAUGAGCAUUGGCGGUUCGUCCUGCAGCGUCUGACUUUCCUAACAGCCUUUGUGGUUUACCUGGAGAGUGAAGCUCUCGUGACGCGGGAGGAAGUGACGAAGAUACUGGGGAUCGAGGUGGUGCGGGAGAAGGGCUUCCACCUGGACGUAGAGGAUUACCUGUCGGGGGUGCUGAUCAUGGCCAGUGAGCUGUCCCGGCUGGCGGUGAACAGCGUGACGGCGGGGGAUUACACCCGGCCGCUCCGCAUCUCCAACUUCAUCAACGAGCUGGACUCGGGCUUCCGCCUGCUCAACUUGAAGAACGACCCGCUGCGUAAACGCUACGACGGCCUGAAGUACGACGUGAAGAAGAUCGAGGAGGUGGUGUACGACCUGUCCAUCCGGGGGCUGGCCGCGGAGCAGGAGGCCGGCGGGGACAAGUAGAGCCCAGGACGGGCGGCGUGGCGGCGUCUCCAUCACCUGCUGGAAUCAGAGACCUGACGCCACCUGGAAGGCUCCCAGGGAGCGCCGGAGGACCGGCAGCCACAACACACCGUCUGAAUGUGAACUUGGGCGGGUGCAUGCAGGAGAAGUACUGGUGGAAUGGUAGAGGAGGAGGUGAGGGAUAUUAACGUCCACAUUCAGACGGUUAACAUCGGUUUGUUGCAGACUUUGGAAAAGUGUUCUCAGCUUCAACUUGUCUUACUGUUUUAUCGAUGUUUCAUUAUUUCUGAGUCAAAGUCUGUUGAUGCUCAGUUCGUACAAAACAAUGGUUGAAGAUGGUGUUUCAGCUGCUCUUUUUGUUUGUUUUUUAUUAUUUUUAAAUAUUUCAUGCAAAUACUUAAACUGUAUUGUUUUUGAUUACCAGGUUAUUGGAUUUGUAGUUAAUUGUAGUUUAAUAAGCAUACAUCUAAAGUGGUAUCCAUGGUCUCCCUUACAAAACAAUCUAACAUUUGAUGAUUAAAUGUUAAAAAGCACCAGACUUUAUUCAUUUCAGAUUUCCACAAAGGAGGAUUGUUUUGGAGUUUGAUCAUUAACAGCUAAUUUCUAUAAAGAGGACGAGCCAAAGAAGUGACAGCGAUGGACACGUGAUGUUAAAAAGCUCCCGUCAUUAGCUGGAUGCCUUCUGUCAGGAACUCGUGCAAAAUUGUGCCAUGUAUGUGUGUCUAUAUAAUUAAAUAUAUACACACACACACGUGGGCAAAUACAAGAGAUAAUGUCAUGUAUUGCAUGUUCUGUUCAAUUUUUUUCACCUUUUUAUUCAUUUUUUUUGCUAUAAUGGAGUUGCAUCAUUUUCUUUCAAAUAAAUAAAAACAAAACCUUCACU